AUGGGAUGGGAGGCAUUAAGUAAAACAAAAUUUCAACGCAAAAACCAAAUGGGCUUAUUAUCUCGAUUGGCAGCUGAACCCACCGGCUAUGCAGAGUGUUACCCAGGACUGGAUGAAAUGCAUGAUGCAAUUGAAGAUUCAGAUGAUGAGGCUGAUUAUACAAAAAUGGAUCUUGGUAACAAGAAAGGACCAGUUGGUCGUUGGGAUUUUGAUACUCCUGAGGAGUAUGGUACAUAUAUGAGUAACAAAGAAGCAUUACCAAAAGCCGCUUUCCAGUAUGGUGUUAAAAUGACAGACGGACGGCGUACACGUAAACAUAAUAAAGAAAAGAAUGAAAAAGCUGAACUUGAUCGUGAAUGGAACAAGAUUCAAAAUAUUAUACAAAAACGUAAAGUACCAGCUGGUAAAGACGAAGGAUCGUCAUUUAAAGUACCUAAGUAUUAG